UUUCAGCCGGAACUUUUAAAGUAACAGUGAUGGCAGCGACCUUGCAGGAAGCGUGGCGUAAAUAAUAAUUCAACAAUCCGUACAAAUUGUUAAAAUGCUUGUAUAUGGACCAAAUAAAGUGACAGUGAGGUGUUUUUAGUGCAUAUGUCAACAUUCGCAUAAUGAUUUCCCUCCUUAAGGCUGCGGUCGGUGGACUGACGAGGAUCUGUGGAGCUCACGGUCACCAACGAGGUCUCUUGUACAGCCACUUGAAAAUCAUCACUGCUGGACUGCAGACGUUUGAACCCCCUCCAGACUACAAUGAGGUGUUGCUGCCUGUAAAACCCAAACUGAAGUUUCUGAACAAGGUGCCUAACUUGAAAAAGGCCAAGAAAGAGGGGAAGAAGCUGCGGGACAUCCAAGGCCCAGCUAAGACGGCAAAUACCUUCACUACAGGACGAUACGCAAUUGUGGCCAUGGGCGGGGGCUACCUCCACUGGGGUCAUUUAGAAAUGAUACGUCUAACUAUUAACCGCAAGAUGGAUUCCAAGAGAACAUUUGCCCGGUGGCGUAUCAAUGCACCAUAUAAGCCUAUAACACGUAAAGGUCUUGGUCAGCGCAUGGGUGGGGGCAAAGGAGCCAUUGACCACUAUGUGACACCAGUCCGUUAUGGACGUUUAAUCGUAGAGUUGGGAGGAAAGGUGGAGCUGGGAGAGAUUGAGCAUAUCCUGAUUGAAGUGGCCAAGAAGCUGCCCUUCCCCGCCAAGGUAAUGAGCAGAGAAAGCCUAGCAGAGAUGCAAAAGAUGCAGGAGGAUAUGGAGCAAAACAAUCAGAAUCCCUGGACCUUUAAGCACAUAGCACAGGGCAACAUGUUGGGUAUCAGGAAGGUGCUUAGUCCCUUCGACCUGCACAACCACGGACGCUUUACAGGCAAAUUUCACUUCCCAGGGAGGGUGUGACAGACCUGAGGGGCAGUCAUUCAUACAGUGCUGCGACACCACAAAGCUGAAGAUGCAACCAGAAUUUUGGAACAGUCUGACUUCAAGUCAUCUUUUAUUUUUUUUGUCAUUUCGUGUUACUCAAUAAACUUGAUAAAUAUAUAGUGUUUUUCAAUAUUGAAUAACUGUUUAAUUUUAUUGUUAUUCUGUCUAAUUAAAAACAAAUAAAAAGCAACAAAGUGAAAACAAAUCUGU